AUGGCGGCCGGGGACGACGACCACGGCGACGCGCUGGAUCGUCGGGAGAUGUCGCCGCUCGCGCGCCGCGCGGCCGCCACGCGUCGUCGCAUAGAGGCGGCUCGAGCCGCCGCCGCGGCGACCGCGCCCCGGUCGCCAACAAAUCUGAGCAGCACCGCCACCGGUAACACGUCGCGCAUGUUCGGCGCGCCGACCCAACAUCAUCCGCCUUCGUCCCCUGCGGCGCGGGAGGAUCGCAAGUCGGGCUCGCCGUACAACGUCGGCCGCGUCGCGUCGUCCUCUGUCGGGGGGUCGAACCUCGCCACCCCCUCCGGGCUCGCGGCGCGAAAUCGCGCAGACGUGCGAACGCACGCCAGGAAGAUUCGAGUCUGCGUGCCGAUGACCGCCGAGUGGUUCAAGUGCGGCGAGCACAUUCGCGCGCUGGCGGAGGCGGCGGAGCGCGAGGACCGGAACCCGUCGGUCGCCGGUUCGAACCCGCGCACGGCCACCAACCCGUCCCUCUGGGACGUCGACGACGGCGUCUGGGUCGCCAGGAGCAUCUUGGAAGAGGGCAAACUCAACGCGCUAAUCAAAUCGAUUGCCGCGCACAGGCAACUGAUCCGUCGGGUGCGAAAUCGCGGGGGUUCGCUCGCGUGGGAGACGCACGUGACCGAGACGUGUGUUGCGGUGGGUUUGACACGUGGCGAUUGCGUGUCGCGGGUGAAACGGUGGGAAGCCGACGCGGGGAGAGUGCUGUUGCACGUGUUAUCGUCGGUUGAGGCGGCGCAGACGGCGGACGUCGAGGCGCUGCUGAGGCACUGCGCGGCGGUGCUGACGUGGCAGGACGCGAUGUGGAUGGCGGACGAGGCGGACGAGGCGGGCGUCGGGGUGGGCGGCGUCGGGGCGUCACGUGGGUCGACCGUUACGACCGUUACGAGUGGGCGCUCGGUCCGAGGCUACGGAGACGAUGAAGGCGAAGGCGACGGGAAGGAGGAUGGGGACCCCGGCGCGCGGGAAUCGAACCCGCGCGCGUCGUACGGCGCGUGCCAGGAGACCCACGUCCUCCACUACCUCGAGCGACUCUUCUGCACCCACGUCGACGCCCUUCACGAGUCGGCGCUCGCCAACGUCGUCGCGAGGUGCGGUUUGUUUCAAUCGCUGUGCGCUUUUUUAGACGAGCGAGGCAAUUCGCUGCGACUCGAGGACCGCCGCGCGGGGCUCUACGCGCUGUCCGGGAUCAUCGCCACGGAAUCGUUCGCGUCGCACAGGAGGCUCAUCGUGGGGGGCGUGGUCGGUGACGGCGCGGUAACGGUCGGUAACGCCAUUUUACCGAUGGGGAAGUCGGGGGAGUCGGGAGGGGACGCCGCUUCGCGCGAAUCGGGCGCCGUCGGUGACGGUUCGUUCGUCGGACGAAACGGCUCGUUCGUCGGACGAAACGGCUCGGACGACGAGAUCGCCGCGGUGGACGCCCGAAUCGUUCGAAUAUCCGGUCGGCUCGUGGAACCGAAUUGGGGCUUCGAUACCGACGUGGAUCCGGCGGAGCGAAGGGGCGUCGUCGCGCUGCUCGACGAGGCGAGACGGCUUCGGCGGAACGGCGAGGUCGGGGGAUCGAUUCCGCGCGGGGCCGCGGCCGACGUCGGCGAGGGGCGGACGCCGUCGCCGCCGCCGCGGCGGUCGAACGCGCGGCGGCCGAUGAGCGGCCGGGUCAUCGCCGACAGGAUAAGAGCUCUCUCCGCGGUGUGA